GCGGCUGCCGCUGCUGCUGAGUGAGGUAAGGUGUGGGAGUCUCAGCUCCGUAGCUGGGGAUAGGUGGGCGCCUUCAAACAGGUGCCGCUGGUGGCUCGGGUGCCCUUACCGGGCAUCCUCCAGUAUUCUGGGCACCUGCCUACCCCAUGGCGGGGAGGCCGGCCACACGCUGAGCGCGCUCCGGGCUGCGUACUCCAGUCAGUUCACCAGCAUCGCGUGGUAGACUUCCACUUGGCCAGUGCUUCCCACACUUCUGGGCGUGUCAUCAGAAAACAAAAUUAUCUUCCUUUCCAAAUCCAGAAAGAUGAAAACAGCUGAGUUACUUUCAAAAGACAACCAAGUGAGCACCAUAGACUAAUGAGUAGAAUCAAUAAGAACGUGGUUUUGGCCCUUUUAACACUGACAAGUUCUGCAUUUCUGCUGUUUCAGUUGUACUACUACAAGCACUAUUUGUCAGCAAAGAAUGCAGCUGGUUUGUCAAAAUCCAAAGGAAGCCGAAUUGGAUUUGAUAGCAUACAGUGGCGUGCAGUUAAAAAAUUUAUUAUGCUAACAUCCAGCCAAAAUGUACCAGUGUUUCUUAUUGAUCCUUUGAUAUUGGAAUUGAUUAACAAGAACUUUGAACAAGUCAAAAAUACUUCUUAUGGCUCCACUUCAGAAUGCAAGUUUUUCUGUGUUCCAAGAGACUUUACUACAUUUGCACUGCAGUAUCACCUAAGGAAGAAUGAGGAAGGCUGGUUUCGGAUAGCUGAGAAUAUGGGAUUUCAGUGCAUAAAGAUUGAGAGCAAAGAUCCCCGCCUAGAUGGGAUAGACUCACUUUCUGGAACUGAAAUCCCCCUGCACUAUAUCUGCAGAUUGGCCACUCAUGCGAUCCACUUGGUAGUCUUUCAUGAUAGGAGUGGCAACUACCUCUGGCAUGGCCACUUGAGACUCAAAGAACACAUUGACAGGAAGUUUGUUCCCUUCCGAAAGUUACGGUUUGGUCGUUAUCCAGGAGCUUUUGACAGGCCAGAGUUACAGCAAGUUACUGUUGAUGGACUGGAAGUUCUCAUUCCAAAGGAUCCAAUGCACUUUGUAGAAGAAAUGCCACACUCUAGGUUUAUUGAGUGUAGGUAUAAAGAAGCUCGAGCAUUCUUUCAGCAGUACCUUGAUGAUAACACUGUGGAAGCCAUGGCCUUUCGGAAAAGUGCAAAGGAAUUACUACAGCUAGCAGCGAAAACAUUAAACAAAUUGGGAGUACCAUUCUGGCUGAGCAGUGGGACUUGUCUAGGAUGGUAUCGACAAUGCAACAUUAUUCCUUAUAGCAAAGAUGUCGACCUAGGAAUUUUUAUACAAGAUUACAAAUCUGAUAUUAUUUUAGCAUUUCAGGAUGCAGGACUUCCACUCAAACACAAAUUUGGGAAGGUAGAAGACAGCUUGGAGCUAUCCUUCCAGGGAAAGGAUGAUGUAAAACUUGACAUUUUUUUCUUCUAUGAAGAAACUGACCACAUGUGGAACGGAGGCACUCAGGCCAAAACAGGAAAAAAAUUCAAAUACCUGUUUCCCAAGUUUACACUUUGCUGGACUGAGUUUGUAGACAUGAAGGUUCAUGUGCCCUGUGAAACCCUCGAAUACAUUGAAGCCAACUAUGGUAAGACCUGGAAGAUUCCUGUAAAGACAUGGGACUGGAAGCGCUCUCCUCCCAAUGUGCAACCCAAUGGAAUCUGGCCUAUUUCUGAGUGGGAUGAGGUUAUCCAGUUAUAUUGAGAUAGUAGGUUGAAUGGGAGAAUUCCUCUCUUGGAAAAAAAGGCAGAUAACUGUUUAAAAACAUACAUGCCUAUUUGUCAAACAUAAAUGGGAACCAAAGAAAAGUGACAAGUUUGAAGACACAGAAAGGGUCGUCACUCCAGAGCCAUCUGAUUUAAUUCUUCCAUUUAGCACUUACUGAGGAAUUUUCAUGUGCCACAUACAAUGCUAGGCUACAAUGGAGAAGCCUAGAUUAAUGAGACAAAUACCUGCCUCUUUUAUUCCUACCUUUGGUAAACAACUUGAUUUUCCUUUGAGGGAACCCUCCCCCACCCUUUGAAGAGUUCAAGUUCUGUAAAACUUUUUAAAACAUUAAAUAAUGUUUGAACUGGAAGAUGAGCUCACCAGGCAAAGCUAAGGAAGGUUAUACUAGUUAAAAAGAAUAACCCAUUCCUAUUCUGGGCAUUUAAGCUGAUAUGUUAGUGCUACUUUUAAGAUUGUGGAGUUUGAGUUUAAUAUUCAAGUGAUCAGACUUUUGGUGGCAUCAAGAAAAGAUUACAUCAGAUUUAUUUUUCAACUAAUCUUAUGUGGAAUUGAAUUAGAGCAAAAAGGCAUUACUCUUUUAGGGAAGAUGAGAGCUUAUUUAUAUCAGAGCUUAUUUGUCAAGUUAAGUAAAUUUCUGUAUACAUACUGUUUUCAUAUUUGAAGUGAGAAGAAACUCUGUGCUUGUGUAAUGCUUAAAUUUCCAUCCAUUGUAAGAAAUUUUUCACUGACCUCUGAGGGCACUUGUUGACAAAUCAUUCAAGUUAGACCAUUCUACUAGACAUGAUUUUGAGAGUCCAUGAUUUCACAAAACUCACUUUUAUUUUAUUCUCAGUCACUCUCUUAGGUACAAAUAUGAGAAAUUCUUGUACAUUUUAUAUUUUCUGAAUGUAUAAUCCUUGCACUUCCAAUUUUAAUGAAACUAAUAUAUCAAUAAAAAUUUUAAAGUAUUCUAAUUUUUAAAA